AGAUAUAAUCGACUUGGAUAGAGGCGAUUCGUCAAAUCGCCAUAUAGAUGAAGCAUGACAGUGGUUCAUUAGUUGAACACGACCUACAAAAGAGCAGAGACGCUUGAUAAGUCUUUAGCUGAUUAUUCUUUGUCUCCUUAAAAGAAAAUACAUUCACCCAUAUGCAAAUGAACUGGCGUAACCAAUUCCCUUGUGUCAUCUGCAUCCUUCGGCGCUCAGUGGGCCCUGUCCUCCAAUAAUGAAUGUGGUCCCCGCGUCGCGGUGGUCACCAUGUGAUGACGUUGUUCGCACUGUGUGAGUACGAGUGAAGCCGGCGGUCGGGAGUUGAUGACGGCUGUGACGGGAGUGGAGGAGCGCUGGUUGCUAAGGCUGUCCUUCGGUUUCCGCGCCGGGAUUUGAGCAGCCGACGUGGACCAAAGGGACCCGGACUGGUUGGAGGCCGGUGUUUGAUGGCGAGCUUGAUACCGACUGUGACGACUGAGCAUUAUGAGCUUUCUUCAACUGUAUUUUUGAGAAUCGCCAACCCAACUUCCUCCUUUUCAACUGAAUGGGAUGUGACCUGCAAUGAACAUUAAAUGCAAAUCCACUCAGCAAUUCUAAAGAUUAUAUGGGAUGACACGCAUAAUCUUCCUCAAGCAUUGAGUCAUCUAUUGUUUAUUCAAGCUGUUUGGAUGGCGGAGGGAGUUUACUAGAGGGAAUUUUCCACAAUGCCUUUGUAUAAGUUAUGCCAGAAAAUAAACCCAUGAAUGUGGAUCAAAAAGAGACGGGGACCAUCACUGAUGUGUGCAGCAGUGAGGAGUUGCCUGAGGUGGAACUUGUGAGCUUGAUUGAAGACCAGCUACCUCAGUAUCAUCUACGAGCAGAGUCGCUCUAUCUCUAUCAGAAUAAGGACUGGGAGCAGACCUCAGAGCAUCCUGGCCAUGCAUCCAGUGGGCUUUCUCCUACUCAGGCUGAGGAGGCUUUCCGCUACAUGAUUCUCAGUUCUGAAAGGGUGGAUCAGAUGACUAGGACGUACAAUGAUAUUGACAUGGUCACACACCUUCUGGCUGAGAGAGAUCGUGACUUGGAAUUGGCUGCUCGUAUCGGACAAUCUUUACUGCAACGGAACAGAGUACUGUCUGAAAGAAAUGAUCUCUUGGAGGAACAGUUGGCACAGGCUUAUGAUCAAGUUAACCAACUGCAGCAUGAGCUGUCAAAAAAGGAUGAGCUCCUGCGAAUUGUGGCCAGUGCUUCUGAGGAGAGUGAAUCUGACUCCAGCUGCUCCACGCCCCUCCGCCAUAAUGAGUCCUUUUAUUUGUCGCACAGUUUGAUGCAGUUGGAUGCAUUGCAGAGUAAACUGCGAGAACUAGAGGAUGAAAAUCUCUCCCUCCGUUCUGAGGCUUGUCACCUGAAGACUGAAACUAUCAACUAUGAAGAGAAGGAACAGCAGCUGGUCAAUGACUGCGUGAAGGAGUUGAGGGAAGCAAACGUACACAUUUCUAACCUGGCAGAUGAUCUUUCCAGAAAGAAUGAUGACAUUGCUCGACACCAGGAGGAGAUUACCCAUCUACUCAGUCAAAUUGUAGAACUUCAACUUAAAGUCAAAGAGUGUGCCAUUGAGAAAGAAGAACUGAAGCAACAUUUACAGGCAUCUAAAGAUGCCCAGAGACAGCUUACAGCAGAGCUGUUGGAAGUACAGGAUCAUAAUGCUGAGUGUUUGGGAAUGUUACAUGAAUCUCAGGAGGAAGUAAAAGAAUUGCGGAACAAAUCAACAUCAUGCUCACUUAACAGACCACAAUCCUGCAGUAUGUUCCCUAUGAAUUCAUUGGCUGCUGAGAUUGAGGGAAGUAUGCGCAGAGAGCUAAACCUGGAAGAGUCGCCCGUUCAAGAUCAAAGGAGCCAACGCAGACGAGUUUUCCAGACAGUCAGAAGUAUCAAUGAAACCAUACAAUCACACAUGCCAGCUUCUCCUUUGGGAUCUAUUCCAGGAUCUGGUUGCUCAUCUGUUAUCAUGACCAUGAAACCAACUGAUUCAAAAACGACAAAUAGCUCAGCUGAUGAAGCUGGUUCCCAUCGUGAACAGUCUAAAGUUGGAGAGCCAGGCACACCGGGUGGCAGAGACCUGUCCACUGCUCUGCGCCGUCUUUCUCUGCGUCAGGAGAAUUACCUGAGUGAGAAGAUGUUCUUUGAAAGUGAGCGGGACAGGAAGCUGAUGGACAUGGCGACAGAGGAGGAGGCCGGGUGCAGUACACCAACAGAGAGUAUCAUGUCCACUGGGACCAACCUCAGCGAUCUAACAGAUAUGUCUUGCUUUUCUGGGGUGUCCAGUUCUUACCGAACAUUCCUACCUGAGAAACUACAGAUUGUUAAACCAAUUGAGGGCUCAAUGACUUUACACCAGUGGCAACAACUAGCGCAGCCUAAUCUGGGCACUAUUUUAGCCGAACGGCCCGGGGUCCUCACUAAAGGCUUUGAACUACUUCCAGAAGAUAGCAUCUACCACCUCUCCGAUCUGGAGGAGGACAGCGAGGAAGGGAUCACCUUCAAAGCUCAGCAUUCUUCCACCCCUGAGGAUAAGAAAGGGAAGAAGCUGGAGAAAGAGAAGGUGCCUUCAAAAGGGAUAGAAACACCACCAGACAUUUUUCUGCCAAUAAAUAGCCUGUCUAAUGAUUCAACAGCUGUGCGGAAUCCAGGCAAAUGUCUGUCACAGACCAACUCAACCUACACCUUCACUACCUGUAGGAUCCUUCAUCCCACUGACAUUGUUCAAGUCUCAGCAAGUAUCGGAUAUGCUCCAGUGCCAAACGCAGCGAGUUCAUCCGUCAACGUGAUCACCAGUCCCAGUACCCCUAUCGCAACUUGCCGGCCCAGCAUUGGUGAAUCCUUCACAAAGAGGAGGGAGUCGACUACUACUCUGAGCACUACCAGCAGCUUGCAAAAGCUCUUGCAAGAUCGCGGAAUCUCUGCUGGAGUUUAUCAUUGUCCCCUACUGCAAACCCCACCAGUGGUUCCUCCCAAAAUGCUACCUAUACCCCGUACCCCACCAAACUCUCCCUCCCGCUCCCCAUGCCUAUCGCCAUUGCCCUUUGACAUGCGGGGAGCUAUUGAUAACUUCCUUGCCUCACGACCUGCGGAGACGCUGCUCCACGAAGUCUACUGCCUGAAGCCUGGGCGGAGCGGUGCCGACUAUGCCCCCACCAGUCUGAACCUGGUCAAGAAAUUGCAAAAAAUGGGAAUAACCCAAGCUGUGGCUCCAUGGAAUACCCCGGAGGGUGAUGACAGCCAAGAACGAAAGGCCAAGCAGCACCUCCAGGAAUCGGCAAUGUUCAUGGGGACUGGCAGCAGCCUGCUAGGAGCCUUGAGACGGAACCAGAGUCUUCCCAGUGUACUUGGUGGAUUCAGCAAGCCAAUACCAAAAAUGGGCACCUUCAGCGAGGAGAAGACAGAAACCAAAUUGGUUUUACCUGCAAACGAAUGACCCAUCUGAAUUCUUUAUUCUCCCCCAUCCUCCCCUCCCAAUCAAUCCUUGUUCCUCAACGCUUGAUCCAGCCUUGAGUAGUUUUAACAGGAAGGCGGGCUUUGUGUUAAUGUUGUAAUAAGCUCCUGAAAGUUUGAAGAUGGUAAGCGUAAGUGAAGAAAGGAAAUAUGAAAAAGAUGAAAUGAUUUGAGGUGAGAAAAGUAAAAGGAUUGAUUAGUAAUGAAACAAAGGCAGAAGGGAGGUGACAUGGAAUGUUGAAUGUUUUAAGGGUUUGUAAUGAAAAUGGUUUGUACAAUGGCUGGAUCAGCAGUUUGACACUAAUGAGCAAGAGUCCAAGCUAACCACUGUUCCUCUUGCCUGUGGGAAUUAAUUUGCUGUUUCUGCUUCUGGCAUUUUGACAACAAAGCACAAAAUAAGGCAUUAAAGCACAUACUGAACAUUUUAUCUGGACAAACACUACAAAGGCCAGGCAGUGCUGCCCUUCAUCCCUGGCAGCCCCAAAACAAGCCAUGCUAUUAUAUGUUAUCCAUUGCACACACUGCCUCACCACCUUUUGAAGAUGCAUGCAGAUUUAAAUCCCUGUACUUUUGAACAUUUUAAAGCAGUUACAUCAGAACCUAUUUCUUUAUCAGUUUGAACAGAAAUAUAAAUUAAUUGUUUUCUAAAACCAAUUUACUAAAUAAUAUUAUAGUACUUUGACCAUCACAUUAUCCCAAUUAAAUUCUGGUUUUGAGGCAGUGUUUGAUCAGACAUUUCAUUUUUUUAGACCGCUGUUUAAUUGCGAAAUUUCACUUUUUAGCAUGGCAGUAGAAUUAUUUGCACCUCAAGGUAUGUCAUAAUCACUUUUCACUUUAAUGCAGUCAAUUAUAAAGCCACCACAAUGUCAGCAUCAAAGGGAUGUGCUGAUCAAAAGUAUUGUUACCAGUGAAAUUGGUGACUUCCGGUGACUAAUACGCAAGCACAAGAGAUUGCAUAAUACAUAACCUAUCCCCAUGCAAGAGACUGAAAUGCAUUCAAUUUAAAUCCAUGUAAAUUCAAUAGUGAUUUUGAAUAGGCUUCAGAUGAUUGGCGAGUAGGCAAUUUUUUUUUGGUUUUUUUGUUUUUUUUUUUUUUUUUUUAACUGGUGCUUCAAUAUCAUUAUAUUGCUACUUCAUGUAAGCUCAUAAUGCGUGCAUUUUGUUUUGCUCUAUGUGGUAAUCUAUUUUAAAGCUAUGAAUAUGUCUGGCCAAAUUUAAUUUUGAUCUCUCGUAGCCUGCAAAAACCACCGGUGGAAUCGCUGGGUAGAAUUUGAGACAGCAUUAUUUUGUUUAACUUUUUUUAAACCUUCUCUCCUUCUCUCUUUUGGCUGUGGAAAGUUCAACUGGGGAGAAAAAUCUAGGGGUUGCAUGGUGGGGCCAUGGAAUUCCCCUGUUGGCUUUUUGAGGUGUAGCAUUGAAUUGAUAUGGAAAUGUAGAAAAUGCAGAUGGAGAUCUGACCACAGCCAAACAACAUGGUCUUUCAUUUGUUGUUGCACAGACCAGAUGGAAUGAAGUGGAAGUAAGAACAUUUAGAUAGUGCAAGUGAAAUUUCCAAUUUAAAUAUGGUGCCUGGUUAAUGGUCUCAAAGCUCAAGACCAUAGUGUUUUGAAGUUAUUAUUUAUAUAGUAUAGAUUGAUAUUGUAUUUAUUUCUAUACACAUUCAGCUUUUCUUUAAGAAAGGAUCAUUGUCAUUUUUAGUGGGUAUGUUACAAUCUCGAACCUCAGGAUCCAGACACUUUCCAUGCUGCACGUCAUAGGAAAGAUUGAAGACAAGAGAUGACAAAUUUACUCUCCCCUCAGUUUUGAAGUUGCCAAUUCUGAUUGGACAGAGUCCUCCAGGAAGUUAUCAUGCAGCUCCAAUCUUCCUGCUCCCAUUCUCCAACCUUUGGUCAUCCACCCUCGCAUGUCCCCUUCCCAAUCAGAAAGCAAAUAGACUUUGGCAGUCAAGAACCACUAAAUACAGUAACAGUCAAACAUUUUCCCAUCUCCAUAUUUUUAAAUUCCAAGAUCAAACAGUGUAAUUCCAAACAGUUAGAACCCAGCUUUGAGAGUGCUGUGGGUAGAACACAGUAGGUUCCAAACUUUGUUUCAAAACAACCUUGGGAUGGUAAUAUCAACAUGAAUGGGGAUAAUCUUAGGCUGACAGCUGUACUCCAAAGCUGACAUCAAAGUUCUGCAAGCUGUCGUGUCUUCAGGGUACGCAGGUUACAUGUCACACUGCCAACUCCGAGUGGCAAAAUCACAUUAAUCUUAACCUUGGGCAUAGUUUUGCACUUUCAAGAAAAAAUGCACUUAUUUGUAAUUAUAAAACAAUCUACAUGUAAUGUAGACUGGCAAUUUAAAACAAUUUGCAGAACAAGCUUCCAAAUCUUUAUUUCAGUUAUGAUUUGAAAUUUAGUUUCCAGGUGCAUUUUAAACAUUUACUUAGCAAAGGAGAGAGUUUCAUCCAUUAGUCUCUGAUCAGGAGUAUGUUCUGUUGCAUUCUGUUCAGUGCUUACAGUUGGGUAGUCUGGCACAAGCCCAGAAAUCCUCAUCCACCUGCCAUUGAACAUCUGCAGAGAAUGCAGAGGUGGAACUUGCUGUUGGAACUCCAGGCGAUUGCAAUGAAACGGACAGUGGGAAUUCCCUUUGGAAUCCCACAUUGUUGACUGCUGAUUAGACGUAAAGGGCAGGGAACAGCAGAACAUCAGGAUAGAUAUAGGGAGAAUGCAAGAACCCAAAUUUAAUACCGUCUGAGACACUGCACACACCCUUUCACCCUGCAUGUUAACAGGGUUCAGUUCCACUACUACUUUCUCAGGUGAGUUGCAUUUCAGCUAUCCUUGUGCAUUUUUGUGGAUUUAUAUCUUUUUGAAAAGGGAGUCACAUUCGCUUUCUUCCAUAAACUAGUAGAGCCAACAUAGGCGAAACCCAGUUAGGCUUGGUCAAUCUAAUGAAUAUAUACACUUCAUCCAGCCUGUGAAUUCAGAGCAGUUCCUUGGUUGACCAGUUGAUGCAGGUAUCUGAGGCUGGGUUAGAAAAGGGGAGAGAGAGAGAGAGCUGUUGGAAGGAUAGGAAUACACUUAUCUGAUGGGCUUUUUGUUGAAUAGUGCCCUCCACCAAGUGCUCUGACUAAAGCAGUUUCCGACACUCUCCGACAAGUGUAAUGGACCAGCUGUGACUGCAACAGCUGGCUAGCAUUGUCGGUGAGUGGAAGUAUUAACCAAACAAGACUUGCAACCGCAAUAUGUAUACUGUACCUUGUUUCCAUAAGACUUUCAAGGAAUGAUGUUGCAAUCAUGAUAGCAAAGCUGUAAUAAUUACUGUGUCCCAUUGUCCAUCAUUGAGUUUACAUGAGUCUUUUAGGAAAUGAGGAAGGCUUUGGUGUUUUUCCUUGGAUGGUGGUUAACCAGAUGAAGACUUGGGCACAUUAAAGAUAAAUUCACUCAAAGGGAUAACAAACUCUAAUUGGCCAGUUAUUGAAGUCUGUACUGCUUCCAGUUCCCAAUAUUUGUAUAUAUCUGGGCUCUGUACAAAGACAUUUCCCCAGCUCUGUGGGAAUCUGAGAAUUUCUGUUGUCUAAUUGAAAUACUGUUUAAGAAUGUAAAUUUACCAUUUAAAUCCAUCCUGUGAGAAAUGGGUUGUAUUUUGUUCGGAUGUGACCUUGACCUUGAAGCGAUGCAUGCCACCAGGCGAGAAUGUCCUAUCCUCACUGGUCGGGCUCUCUGAAUUUUCAGGGAAAUUCAUUGAAACCCAUUCAGUUAAGUUUGUAUCUAUUGCUUGCAUGUUUUGUUUAUAUUAAAUAAAUAUUGUAAAGGAGGGUGAGGGUUCAGGUUGACCAAAAGAUGAGUGAGAUGUUCCCAUUUGUGUGGCUGAUCGGCCAUUCGAGCACAAGCCCUGCCUUUCAAGGCCCAAGAGUAGAUGGUCCCAUGAAGUGCAAUAUUGCUGGUUCAUCCUUGUUGAGUCUGCAAUCUCCUGCCAAUGGCUUGAUUGCAUUUUCAUGGAGGGUAUCUGGGAAAUUCUUGCACUAUUUUUUGUAGGAGGAGAUAUCUUUAGUCUAGUGAAUUAAUAGUUGUACUAGCUAUUAUAUUAUACUAUGUGGUGUUGUCCUCCCAUGUUUACUCAUGGCAAUGUCAGAAGAUAACUUGGCACCUGGCUGGAUGUACUUGAUGCCUUUUGGUUCCCCUCCCAUAACUACCCUACGAAGAAUGAAUGGAAUUGUUCUUGCUAAACCUCAUUUGUUAUGCAAUAUUUGAUAUUUAUUGUAAUAAUUCAUGUAACUGCAAAAAUAUGUGAUAUUUCUGAGUCACUUCAAUUCAUAAAAGUUUUUUUUUAAUUUAA